UAAAUGAAUAUUGGUGAUUUUAAUUGCUUUCGCUGCUGGUCAUACUAAAAAUCGAUUGCGCUAACCGCUUCAUAACCACACGUAUGGUGUGGUCGAACCCGCCAGAAAAAGACGCCUAGUAUUACCAUUAAAGAAAAAAAAUCAAAGAAUGAGAAAAAAAAUACACGACCUCCGCUUCACUUGUGUUUUUUUCUAAUUUUACUGUCAAUAAGCUGAUAAUUCGAUGCAUAUUUUGUAUGCAACAGUUAUUUUGACUUAAUAUUGUGCUCUAUUAUGCACCAAACUAUCGCGGGGAAGGCUCGAGGUGCUUCUAUUAACUAAAAUCAAUAACAAUCUGAAACCAACAAAGUUACGAAGAUGAAUUAUGAAGCCGAACGAGCCAUGAACCAGAAGCGGUUGCGUAUGGACGGGGAGCCGGGCCACGGUGUGGUGCAGGGGAACGGAUUGCCGCUCAAUUACAUGGAUAAUGGGCAUCAAAUACCAUACCAACCGUACGCUGGAGCGUACAACACGCACUACCCGCCCCCAGAUGCGUUUGCAGCGUACGGGCCGCCGCCGCCCGGGGGCUAUGCCCCUCAGAACCUGUCAUAUGCCCCCCCGGCCCACCAGAAUUACCCGCACCAUCAAAGUUUUCCUCCGCAGCAGCCGCAGGCUCAACUGCAUAUGCCGCAGUCUCACAUGGUUCAAGGCUACGCCCCAGAAUUGGUGCACAAAGCCGCCUGGGCGCCCCAGCCGCAUCUGCUGCCGCCCCUGGACGCCCAGAAACCGCUCGACGUCAAGCAACUCAAGCCGGAGAUCAAGCUCGAGCCGCAGGAUGUGCAUAAGAGACCCCAUCCGGAGAGUGAAAUGAUGGGCGGAGACCUGGAUCAGCCGAAGAUAAAGAUCAAGACGGACAUCUUCAAGCCUGACGAUCUGGCGCACAGGCCUGACGUCGACAAGCCCCAUGAUGUGUCUCAAAAAUCGUUAUUGUUGGAUGCUUCCAAACCAGUCGAGCAAAAGAAAGAUGAUGGCCAGCCUAUCAUUGGAGUUGACGGUAAACCCGGAGAUAAGCCCGCAGAGGCGUGCAAGCCAGAGGGCUCAGCCGAAGGCGGCGAUGCUCAGCGCUCCGAGGCGAAGAUAGCAGAAAAGAGUGAGGAGGACCGGAAACCCUUCAGCAGUCCGGAACUGCCCAAAUCCGGGACUCCAGGGAAGGCCUCCACCCCCGGCCUGGAGCCGAAGAAACGCGGGCGACCGAAGGGCUCCACCAACAAGCCGAAGCCGCCCGGCGCGCCCGGGCCGCGCGCGCCCGGCGCCGCCCCGCCGCGCCCCGCGCCCCGCGCGCCGCACGUGGCGCCGCGGCCCCGCCCGCAGGGCUACCAGUACGCCGUGCGGCCCUUCCGGAAAGACUUCUCCGGAAUACAGUUCCGAAGGCGAUGGAGCGACGACUGCCUAGAUUCCUCCCACAUCCCCAACGAGGUCUACUUCGGCGACGUCCCCGUCUCCACUGAAGUCCUAUUCAACUACUACGACGCCAACGCGGAGCGCGAGCGGCUGGCGGCGCAGGCGGCGCAGAUCGCCGCGCAGAAGGCCGCCGCCGCCAAACUAGCUGCUGCCAAACUGCAAGCUAGAGGACUCAUCUCCAAUGAGGUGACGACGGUGGACUCGUCGUCGACUGACGACUCCUCGGGCUCGUCGGGCAGCGAUAGCGACGACAGCGAUGAGGAUGCACCCCUAAAAAAGGGCCCUGGACGGCCCAAAGGGUCCCGCAACUCUGCCCCGCGCACGCCCGGCUCCGGGACCCCCGGGUCAGGUCGCCGCGGCAGACCGCCAGUACCCCCUGAACUGCGAGAGCCCGGCAUCACAGACAUGAAGAAGUUCUGCAAAGCUGCUGGGAUCAGAUUUGACUAUAAGAAGCUUGUCGAAGGCUGCACAAAAAACAAGGAGCGUGUCGGCAAAAUGAUGGACCUACUGACCGCGGCGGGGCUCGAAGGCAAGCCUACGAUGGAAAAGUGCAAGGCGCUCAAACAGGCCAAGGUCGACAAGAAGGAACAGGAGAAACAGGCCAAGAAGGAGGCCAAGGUCAAGAGCAAACCGGCGUCCAACGACGGAGAUGGAGAGCAAACGCCCGAAGGCACGCGGCGCAUGACCCGCGGUGCGACGGGCGUGAAGCCGCGCCAGCGCAUCGUCAUCUCGUCCGACGAGGAGGACGACACCCCCGCCGCGCGCCGCACGCUCUCCAAGCUGCGCUCCUCCGUCAACGAUGACGACUCCGACUAGGUUGGUCACUCUACA